AUGCCUAUCCCUUGUUCCGGUUGCGCGGCUGCCGGUGUCGACUAUAUCGUUUCCGAAGUUAAUUCUUCUCGUUAUUCGCGUUGCGUUGCUAAUAAGCAUUCUUACGAUAUUUACGGUCCUUCCGCGGCUUCCCUUAUUUAG